CAGGGUCACCAGCGUCCCCAAGGUCCCUGGUGUCACCAACAUCCCCAAGAUCACCAGUAUCUCCGCAGUCCCUUGCAUCCCCGGGGUCUCCAGCAUCCCCAGUGUCCCCGAUGUCCCCUAUGUCACCAGCAUCCCCAGGGUCACCAGCGUCCUCAGGGUCACCAACAUCUCCACGGUCUCCUGCAUCCCCACGGUCCCCGGCAUCCCCAGUGUCCCCAGGGGGCCUGUCCCUGCAGACGGUGGUGCACGACCUGGGGGCCAAGCUCUCGCCCUACAAUGGCACCUUGCUGCAGCGCCUGGAGAGCUACCUCCGGGCCUCAGCGUUCCCGCUCCGCGGCAACCAGACAGUGCCGGCCGUGGCCCGGGCCAUCCUCUCCUACCUGUUGCACCGGAGCCCGGCUGAGCUGCGUGACCAGGUCUUCCACCGCCUCCGCCAGGGUCCCCCGGGCCCCCCAUCCCAUGUCAAGCCUCGGGUGAUGCCAGGGGCCAUAGGCGAAGCCCUGGUGGCCCUAGAUGGGCUGCGGGACCAUGUGGACACUGUGGUGAUCCGCUACCGGCUCCUGGGAGGGCCCGAGGGGGCCGGGGGGGAGCUGCAGGUGCCGGGGGAUGCGGCGGUGGCCCGGCUCCCAGGGCUGGUCCCGGGGGCCACGUAUCACGUGGAGGUCCACGGCGUGGUGCGGGGGCAUGCCUCCAAGUCCUACUCCACCCUGGUGACCACAGGGAUGGACGGCACCGGUGAGCCUCCCCCGGACCAGGGGCACCGAUAUGGGAUGGAGCUGACGGGGAGGGCUGAGCCCCACGGCACAAUGGCUGAAGCAGUUGCAGCUCCGGCUCCAUCGGAGGAGGAACUGUCAUCCCAGCCCCAACUGGGCAAGCUCACAGCCUCCCACAUCACCCCCACCUCUGUCCAGCUGGAAUGGACCGUCCCUGAGGGCACCUUUGACUCCUUCACGGUGCAGUACAAGGAUGCACAAGGCCAGCCCCAGGUGCUGCGCGUGGACGGCGAGUCCCGCACAGUGACCGUGCCUGACCUGGCACCAUCCCACCGCUACAAGUUCAACCUGUACGGGGUGUGGGGGCGGAAGCGUCUGGGCCCCAUCUCCACUGAUGUGGUCCCAGCCCCUGCCCCGCCGGAGGAGGAAUCGCCAUCCCCACCCCGCCUGGGGGAGGUCACAGCCUCCCACAUCACCCCUAGCUCCAUCCAGCUGGAAUGGACCGUCCCUGAGGGCACCUUUGACUCCUUCACGGUGCAGUACAAGGAUGCACAAGGCCAGCCUCAAGCCCUUGCUGUUGAUGGCGGAUCGCGCAUGGUGACUGUGCCCAACCUGGUGCCAUCCCGCCGCUACAAAUUCAACCUGUAUGGGGUGUGGGAGCGGAAGCGUAUUGGUCUCAUCUCUACUGAAGUUGUCACAGCCCCAGCACCACCGCAGGAGGAACCACCAUCACCACCCCGGCUGGGCGAACUCAUGACCUCCCAUGUUACUCCUGGCUCCAUCCAGCUGGAAUGGACUGUCCCUGAGGGCACCUUUGACUCCUUCAUGGUGCAGUACAAGGAUGCACAAGGCCAGCCCCAGGUGCUGCCUGUGGACGGUGGGUCCCGCACGGUGACCGUGACUGACCUGGUGCCAUCCCGUCGCUACAAGUUCAACCUGUACGGGGUGUGGGGGCGGAAGCGUCUGGGCCCCAUCUCCACUGAUGCGGUCACAGCCUCACCAAAGGAGGAGGAACUGCCAUCCCAGCCCCAACUGGGCGAGCUCACAGCCUCCCAUGUCACCCCCACCUCCGUCCAGCUGGAAUGGACCGUCCCUGAGGGCACCUUUGACUCCUUCACAGUGCAGUACAGGGAUGCACAAGGCCAGCCCCAGGUGCUGCCCGUGGACGGUGGGUCCCACACGGUGACCGUGCCUGACCUGGCACCAUCCCGCCGCUACAAGUUCAACCUGUACGGGGUGUGGGGGCGGAAGCGUCUGGGCCCCAUCUCCACUGACGCUGUCGCAGCCCCGGCUCCAUCGGAAGAACCACCAUCCCAGCCCCAACUGGGGGAGCUCACGGCCUCCCACGUCACACCCACCUCUGUCCAGCUGGAAUGGACCGUCCCCGAGGGCACCUUUGACUCCUUCACGGUGCAGUACAAGGAUGCGCAAGGCCAGCCCCAGGUGCUGCCCGUGGUUGGCGAGUCCCACACGGUGACUGUGCCUGACCUGGCUCCAUCCCGCCGCUACAAGUUCAACCUGUACGGGGUGUGGGGGCGGAAGCGUCUGGGCCCCAUCUCCACCGAUGCAGUCACAGCCCCAGCCCUGCUGGAGGAGAAGCCACCCUCCCAGCCUCGGCUGGGCGAGCUCACAGCCUCCCACAUCACCCCCAGCUCCAUCCAGCUCGACUGGAGCAUCUACGAGGGCACCUUUGACUCCUUCAUGGUGCAAUACAAGGAUGCACAAGGCCAGCCUCAAGCACUUGCUGUUGACAGUGGGUCCCGCAUGGUGACCGUGCCCAACCUGGUGCCAUCCCGCCGCUACAAGUUCAACCUGUACGGGGUGUGGGGGCGGAAACGUCUGGGUCCUGUCUCCACCGACGUGGUCACAGCCCCACCGGAGGAGGAGGAACCACCUUCCCAGCCCCGGCUGGGCAAGCUCACAGCCUCCCACAUCACCCCCAUCUCCAUCCAGCUCGACUGGACCAUCCCUGAGGGCACCUUUGACUCCUUCACGGUGCAGUACAAGGAUGCGCAAGGCCAGCCCCAGGUGCUGCCUGUGGAUGGCAAGUCCCACACAGUGACUGUGCCUGACCUGGCUCCAUCCCGCCGCUACAAGUUCAACCUGUACGGGGUGUGGGGGCGGAAGCGUCUGGGCCCCAUCUCCACUGAUGCAGUCACAACCCCACCGGAAGAGGAGGAACCAGCAACCCAGUCUCGGCUGGGCGAGCUCACGGCCUCCCACAUCACCCCCACCUCCAUCCAGCUGGAAUGGACCGUCCCUGAGGGCAUCUUUGACUCCUUCACGGUGCAGUACAAGGAUGCACAAGGCCAGCCCCAGGUGCUGCCCAUGGAUGGCGAGUCCCGCACAGUGACCGUGCCUGACCUGGUGCCAUCCCGCCGCUACAAGUUCAACCUGUACGGGGUGUGGGGGUGGAAGCGUCUGGGCCCCAUCUCCACUGAUGCAGUCACAGCCCCACAGGAGCAGGAACUGCCUUCCCAGCCCCAACUGGGUGAGCUCACAGCCUCCCAUGUCACACCCACCUCCAUCCAGCUCGACUGGACCAUCCCUGAGGGCACCUUUGACUCCUUCAUGGUGCAGUACAAGGAUGCACAAGGCCAGCCCCAGGUGCUGCCUGUGGAUGGUGGGUCCCGCACGGUGACCAUGACUGACCUGGCACCAUCCCGCCGCUACAAGUUCAACCUGUACGGGGUGUGGGGGCGGAAACGUCUGGGCCCCAUCUCCACUGACGCUGUCACAGCCUCAGCCCUGCAGAAGGAGGAAAGACCACCAUCCCAGCCCCAACUGGGCGAACUCACGGCCUCCCACAUCACACCCACCUCCGUCCAGCUCGACUGGACCAUCCCCGAGGGCACCUUUGACUCCUUCACAGUGCAGUACAAGGAUGCGCAAGGCCAGCCCCAGGUGCUGCCUGUGGACGGUGGGUCCCGCACAGUGACCGUACCCGACCUGGCACCAUCCCGCCGCUACAAGUUCAACCUGUACGGGGUGUGGGGGCAGAAACGUCUGGGCCCCAUCUCCACUGAUGUGGUCACAGCCCCAGCCCCACAGGAGGAGGAGGAACCACCUUCCCAGCCCCAACUGGGCAAGCUUACGGCCUCCCACGUCACACCUGACUCCAUCCAGCUCGACUGGACCAUCCCCAAGGGCACCUUUGACUCCUUCACGGUGCAGUACAAGGAUGCGCAAGGCCAGCCCCAGGUGCUGCCUGUGGAUGGCAAGUCCCGCACAGUGACCGUGCCUGACCUGGUGCCAUCCCGCCGCUACAAGUUCAACCUGUACGGGGUGUGGGGACAGAAACAUCUGGGCCCCAUCUCCACAGACACUGUCACAGCCCCAGCCCCACAGGAGGAGGAGGAGGAACCAGCAUCCCAGCCCCAACUGGGCGAGCUCACGGCCUCCCACGUCACACCUGACUCCAUCCAGCUCGACUGGACCAUCCCCAAGGGCACCUUUGACUCCUUCACGGUGCAGUACAAGGAUGCACAAGGCCAGCCCCGGGUGCUGCCUGUGGAUGGCGAGUCCCGCACGGUGACUGUGCCUGACCUGGCGCCGUCCCACCGCUACAAGUUCAACCUGUACGGGAUGUGGAGGCAUAAGCAUCUGGGCCCCAUCUCCACCGACGCCAUCACAGCUCCGGCUCCACAGGAGGAAGAACCGCCAUCCCAGCCCCAACUGGGCGAGCUCACGGCCUCCCACGUCACACCCACCUCCAUCCAGCUCGACUGGACCGUCCCCGAGGGCACCUUUGACUCCUUCACGGUGCAGUACAAGGAUGCACAAGGCCAGCCCCAGGUGCUGCCCGUGGAUGGCGAGUCCCACACGGCGACUGUGCCUGACCUGGCUCCAUCCCGCCGCUACAAGUUCAACCUGUACGGGGUGUGGGGGCGGAAGCGUCUGGGCCCCAUCUCCACUGAUGCCGUCACAGCCCCAGCCCCACAGGAGGAGAAGGAACCAGCAACCCAGCCCCAACUGGGCAAGCUCACGGCCUCCCACGUCACCCCCACCUCCGUCCAGCUCAACUGGACCGUCCCCGAGGGCACCUUUGACUCCUUCACGGUGCAGUACAAGGAUGCACAAGGCCAGCCCCAGGUGCUGCCCGUGGAUGGUGGGUCCCGCACGGUGACUGUGCCUGACCUGGCUCCAUCCCGCCGCUACAAGUUCAACCUGUACGGGGUGUGGGGGCGGAAGCGUCUGGGCCCCAUCUCCACCGACGUGGUCACAGCCCCAGUCCCACCGGAGGAGGAGAAGGAACCAGCAUCCCAGCCCCAACUGGGCGAGCUCACGGCCUCCCACGUCACACCCACCUCCGUCCAGCUCGACUGGACCGUCCCCGAGGGCACCUUUGACUCCUUCACGGUGCAGUACAAGGAUGCGCAAGGCCAGCCCCAGGUGCUGCCCGUGGAUGGCGAGUCCCACACGGCGACUGUGCCUGACCUGGCUCCAUCCCGCCGCUACAAGUUCAACCUGUACGGGGUGUGGGGGCGGAAGCGUCUGGGCCCCAUCUCCACUGAUGCCGUCACAGCCCCAGCCCCACAGGAGGAGGAGGAGGAACCACCUUCCCAGCCCCAACUGGGCGAGCUCAUGGCCUCCCACAUCACCCCCACCUCCGUCCAGCUCGACUGGACCGUCCCCGAGGGCACCUUUGACUCCUUCACGGUGCAGUACAAGGAUGCACAAGGCCAGCCCCAGGUGCUGCCCAUGGAUGGCGAGUCCCGCACAGUGACUGUGCCCAACCUGGCUCCAUCCCGCCGCUACAAGUUCAACCUGUACGGGGUGUGGGGGCGGAAGCGUCUGGGCCCCAUCUCCACCGACGUGGUCACAGCCCCAGUCCCACCGGAGGAGGAGAAGGAACCAGCAUCCCAGCCCCAACUGGGCGAGCUCACGGCCUCCCACGUCACACCCACCUCCGUCCAGCUCGACUGGACCGUCCCCGAGGGCACCUUUGACUCCUUCACGGUGCAGUACAAGGAUGCGCAAGGCCAGCCCCAGGUGCUGCCCGUGGAUGGCAAGUCCCACACGGCGACUGUGCCUGACCUGGCUCCAUCCCGCCGCUACAAGUUCAACCUGUACGGGGUGUGGGGGCGGAAGCGUCUGGGCCCCAUCUCCACUGAUGCCGUCACAGCCCCAGCCCCACAGGAGGAGGAGGAGGAACCACCUUCCCAGCCCCAACUGGGCGAGCUCAUGGCCUCCCACAUCACCCCCACCUCCGUCCAGCUCGACUGGACCGUCCCCGAGGGCACCUUUGACUCCUUCACGGUGCAGUACAAGGAUGCACAAGGCCAGCCCCAGGUGCUGCCCAUGGAUGGCGAGUCCCGCACAGUGACUGUGCCCAACCUGGCUCCAUCCCGCCGCUACAAGUUCAACCUGUACGGGGUGUGGGGGCGGAAGCGUCUGGGCCCCAUCUCCACCGACGUGGUCACAGCCCCAGUCCCACCGGAGGAGGAGGAGGAACCAGCAUCCCAGCCCCAACUGGGCGAGCUCACGGCCUCCCACGUCACACCCACCUCCGUCCAGCUCGACUGGACUGUCCCCGAGGGCACCUUUGACUCCUUCACGGUGCAGUACAAGGAUGCGCAAGGCCAGCCCCAGGUGCUGCCCGUGGAUGGCGAGUCCCACACGGCGACUGUGCCUGACCUGGCUCCAUCCCGCCGCUACAAGUUCAACCUGUACGGGGUGUGGGGGCGGAAGCGUCUGGGCCCCAUCUCCACUGAUGCCGUCACAGCCCCAGCCCCACAGGAGGAGGAGGAGGAACCACCUUCCCAGCCCCAACUGGGCGAGCUCAUGGCCUCCCACAUCACCCCCACCUCCGUCCAGCUCAACUGGACCGUCCCCGAGGGCACCUUUGACUCCUUCACGGUGCAGUACAAGGAUGCACAAGGCCAGCCCCAGGUGCUGCCCAUGGAUGGCGAGUCCCGCACAGUGACUGUGCCCAACCUGGCUCCAUCCCGCCGCUACAAGUUCAACCUGUACGGGGUGUGGGGGCGGAAGCGUCUGGGCCCCAUCUCCACCGACGUGGUCACAGCCCCAGUCCCACCGGAGGAGGAGGAGGAACCAGCAUCCCAGCCCCAACUGGGCGAGCUCACGGCCUCCCACGUCACACCCACCUCCGUCCAGCUCGACUGGACCGUCCCCGAGGGCACCUUUGACUCCUUCACGGUGCAGUACAAGGAUGCGCAAGGCCAGCCCCAGGUGCUGCCCGUGGAUGGCGAGUCCCACACGGCGACUGUGCCUGACCUGGCUCCAUCCCGCCGCUACAAGUUCAACCUGUACGGGGUGUGGGGGCGGAAGCGUCUGGGCCCCAUCUCCACUGAUGCCGUCACAGCCCCAGCCCCACAGGAGGAGGAGGAGGAACCACCUUCCCAGCCCCAACUGGGCGAGCUCAUGGCCUCCCACAUCACCCCCACCUCCGUCCAGCUCGACUGGACCGUCCCCGAGGGCACCUUUGACUCCUUCACGGUGCAGUACAAGGAUGCACAAGGCCAGCCCCAGGUGCUGCCCAUGGAUGGCGAGUCCCGCACAGUGACUGUGCCCAACCUGGCUCCAUCCCGCCACUACAAGUUCAACCUGUACGGGGUGUGGGGGCGGAAGCGUCUGGGCCCCAUCUCCACCGACGUGGUCACAGCCCCAGUCCCACCGGAGGAGGAGAAGGAACCAGCAUCCCAGCCCCAACUGGGCGAGCUCACGGCCUCCCACGUCACACCCACCUCCGUCCAGCUCGACUGGACCGUCCCCGAGGGCACCUUUGACUCCUUCACGGUGCAGUACAAGGAUGCGCAAGGCCAGCCCCAGGUGCUGCCCGUGGAUGGCGAGUCCCACACGGCGACUGUGCCUGACCUGGCUCCAUCCCGCCGCUACAAGUUCAACCUGUACGGGGUGUGGGGGCGGAAGCGUCUGGGCCCCAUCUCCACUGAUGCCGUCACAGCCCCAGCCCCACAGGAGGAGGAGGAGGAACCACCUUCCCAGCCCCAACUGGGCGAGCUCAUGGCCUCCCACAUCACCCCCACCUCCGUCCAGCUCAACUGGACCAUCCCCGAGGGCACCUUUGACUCCUUCACGGUGCAGUACAAGGAUGCGCAAGGCCAGCCCCAGGUGCUGCCCAUGGAUGGUGGGUCCCGCACAGUGAUCGUGCCUGACCUGGUGCCGUCCCACCGCUACAAGUUCAACCUGUACGGGGUGUGGGGGCGGAAGCGUCUGGGCCCCAUCUCCACUGACGCAGUCACAGCCCCAGCCCCACAAGAGGAGAAGGAACCAGCAUCCCAGCCCCAACUGGGCGAGCUCACGGCCUCCCACGUCACCCCCGCCUCUGUCCAGCUCGACUGGACCGUCCCCGAGGGCACCUUUGACUCCUUCACGGUGCAGUACAAGGAUGCGCAAGGCCAGCCCCAGGUGCUGCCCGUGGAUGGUGGGUCCCACAUGGUGACUGUGCCUGACCUGGCACCGUCCCGCCGCUACAAGUUCAACCUGUACGGGGUGUGGGGGCGGAAGCGUCUGGGCCCCAUCUCCACCGACGCCGUCACAGCCCCAGCCCCACCGGAAGAGGAGGAACUGCCGUCCCAGCCCCGCCUGGGGGAGGUCACAGCCUCCCACAUCACCUCCAGCUCCAUCCAGCUUGACUGGACUGUCCUCGAGGGCAGCUUUGACUUCUUCACAGUGCAGUACAAGGAUGCACAAGGCCAGCCCCAGGUGCUGCGCGUGGAUGGUAGGUCCCGCACGGUGACCAUGCCCAAACUGGUUCCAGCCCGCCACUACAAGUUCAACCUGUACGGGAUCUGGCAGCAGAAACGUGUUGGUCUUAUUUCCACCGAUGCAGUCACAGACCCAGCCCCACAGGAGCAGGAACCGCCAUCCCGGCCCCAACUAGGCGAGCUCACGGCCUCCCACGUCACACCCACCUCCAUCCAGCUCAACUGGACCGUCCCCGAGGGCACCUUUGACUCCUUCACGGUGCAGUACAAGGAUGCACAAGGCCAGCCCCAGGUGCUGCCCAUGGAUGGCGGGUCCCGCACGGUGACCGUGACUGACCUGGCUCCAUCCCACCGCUACAAGUUCAACCUGUACGGGGUGUGGGGGCGGAAGCGUCUGGGCCCCAUCUCCACUGAUGCCAUCACAGCCCAAGCUGCAGCCCUGCUGAAGGAGGAACCAGCAUCCCAACCCCAACUGGGCGGGCUGACGGCAUCCCAUGUCACACCUAACUCCGUCCAGCUUGACUGGACUGUCCCCAAGGGCACCUUUGACUCCUUCACGGUGCAGUACAAGGAUGUGCAAGGCCAGCCCCAAGUGCUGCCCAUGGACGGUGGGUCCCGCACAGUGACUGUGCCCGACCUGGUGCCGUCCCACCGCUACAAGUUCAACCUGUACGGGGUGUGGGGGCGGAAGCGUCUGGGCCCCAUCGCCACCGAUGCUGUCACAGCCCUGGCUCCAUCAGAGGAGGAACAACCAUCCCAGCCCCAACUGGGCGAGCUCACGGCCUCCCACGUCACACCCACCUCCGUCCAGCUCGACUGGACCGUCCCCGAGGGCACCUUUGACUCCUUCACGGUGCAGUACAAGGAUGCACAAGGCCAGCCCCAGGUGCUGCCCGUGGAUGGUGGGUCCCACACAGUGACUGUGCCUGAUCUGGCUCCAUCCCGCCGCUACAAGUUCAACCUGUACGGGGUGUGGGGGCGGAAGCGUCUGGGCCCCAUCUCCACCGAUGCUGUCACAGCCCCUGCUCCAUCAGGGAUGAAAGCAUCACCCCAGGCCCAACUGGGUGAGCUCACGGCCUCCCACGUCACACCCACCUCCGUCCAGCUCAACUGGACUGUCCCUGAGGGCACCUUUGACUCCUUCACGGUGCAGUACAAGGAUGCGCAAGGCCAGCCCCAAGUGCUGCCCGUGGAUGGUGGGUCCCGCACAGUGACCGUGCCUGACCUGGUGCCGUCCCACCGCUACAAGUUCAACCUGUACGCGGUGUGGGGGCGGAAGCGUCUGGGCCCCAUCUCCACCGAUGCGGUCACAGCCCUGCCCCCACGGGAGGAGGAACAACCAUCCCAGCCCCAACUGGGCGAGCUCACGGCCUCCCACGUCACACCCACCUCCAUCCAGCUCGACUGGACCGUCCCCGAGGGCACCUUUGACUCCUUCACGGUGCAGUACAAGGAUGCGCAAGGCCAGCCCCAGGUGCUGCCCGUGGAUGGUGGGUCCCGCACAGUGACCGUGCCUGAUCUGGCUCCAUCCCACCGCUACAAGUUCAACCUGUACGGGGUGUGGGGGCGGAAACGUCUGGGCCCCAUCUCCACCGACGCUGUCGCAGCCCUGGCUCCAUCAGAGGAGGAACAACCAUCCCAGCCCCAACUGGGCGAGCUCACGGCCUCCCACGUCACACCCACCUCCGUCCAGCUCAACUGGACCGUCCCCGAGGGCACCUUUGACUCCUUCACGGUGCAGUACAAGGAUGCACAAGGCCAGCCCCAGGUGCUGCCCGUGGAUGGUGGGUCCCACACGGUGACCGUGCCUGAGCUGGUCCCAUCCCACCUCUACAAGUUCAACCUGUACGGGGUGUGGGGGCAGAAACGUCUGGGCCCCAUCUCCACCAACGUGGUCACAGAUCCAGCAGCCCCACGGGGGCUCCGGGUGGAGGUGGUGACGCCCCGAAGCGCCCGGCUGCACUGGGACCCCCCCAGCGACCCCCCCGAUGGCUACCUCCUCUCCUACGGCCCCCCCAGUGGUGACCCCCAGAUGCUGCGGCUGCCCCCCGGGGUGGCGACCCACGAGCUGGUGGGGCUGGAGCCGGCCGGGCGCUACCGGGUGCAGCUGUGGGCCCUGAGUGGGGGGCAGCCCAGCGCCCCCCUGGAGGCUGCCUUCGCCACCCCGGCCCUGCCCAUCCCGUACCCCCGGGACUGUGCCGAGGAGCAGCUCAACGGUCCGGGGCCUUCGCGCGAGACCCUCGUCUUCCUCGACGGACGCCCCGAGCGGCCCCUGCGCGUGUUCUGCGACAUGGAGACUGAUGGUGGCGGCUGGCUGGUUUUCCAGCGGCGCAUGAACGGCCUCACUGACUUCUGGCGGGGCUGGGACGAGUACGCCCGCGGCUUCGGCAACCUCUCCCAGGAGUUCUGGCUUGGCAACGAGGCGCUGCACGCCCUGACCUGGGGGCGCCCCAUGGAGCUGCGGGUGGACCUGCGGGUGCCUGGCGAGGCCGCCUUCGCCCGCUACCGUGACUUCGCCGUCGCUGGCCCCGAGGACGACUUCCGCCUCCACCUGGGCACCUACAGCGGCACCGCCGGGGACGCAAUGGGCUACCAUGCGGGCAGCCCCUUCUCGACGCGGGACCGGGGCCCCCGGGGACGUUCCCGUCUCUGCGCCGUGUCCUACACAGGCGCCUGGUGGUACCGCAACUGCCACUAUGCCAACCUCAAUGGGCGCUAUGGCAUCCCCUGGGACCACCAGGGCAUCAACUGGUUUCCCUGGAAGGGUUUCGAGUUCUCCAUCCCCUUCACGGAGAUGAAGCUGCGGCCACAGCGCGACUGAGCGGGCCCAGGCAUCCGGGGGGGCCAGGCGUCCAGGGCGGGGCCCCAGCGUCCAGGCAGCACCAAGGAAGGAGGCUGGAGUGGGUGAAGCCUUUAUGGGAGAGCAAUAAAAGCUGCAAGCGACUGAGGGCCCUGCCGUGCG